AUGCCGUCACUAUUCGAAGAAUUAUCAAAUGAAUUGUUUAUGGAAAUUUUUGAAUACAUCAAUAGCUACGAUCUUUAUUCGAUUUUUAAUGAUUUGAACGCACGAUUACAAAAUGUCGUUCGUUAUAUGCCGGUGUACAUUAAUUGUUUAAAUGUGAGAAAAUUCAGAUUUGACCAUUACAUGAAUAUCAUUAUUCCCUCAAUAACGACACAAAUAGUUUCAAUUCAAUUAUCCAACAGAGAUACACCGGGUCAAAUUGAUUCAUUUUUCUCGUCGUUUUCACUUAAAAACUUUGUCCGUUUAAAAUCGCUAACAUUGAUAAAGGUGACAUCAAACGAGACAAUGAACAAAAUUUUAAUGAAUCUAUCAUUUGUGAAACAUUUAUCCUAUUUAUCUAUUAUUGAUUCGGGUUUUAUCGCUAAUGAUAUACAUGAAAAUAUGUGUAAAAUCAUAUUUGUUGACAGAUAUUUUAAAUAUUUAACAUAUUGUCAAUUAUCGUAUUAUAAAUUACCAUCAACAAUAACAACAUCAAUACCAACUUGUAACAUAAAACAAUUGACGAUUCGUCUUAACUACUUUAAUGACUUAGUAUCUUUGCUUGAUCGAUGUCCUCAAAUUCAAAAAUUAACAGCUGCUAUACCCUAUAAGGCAUUUAUUACGGAAAAUGAAGAGAUUAUUUCAAUAUAUCCAGUAACAAGUUUACGGUAUAUGAAAUUAGAUCUCGGUUAUCAUAUAUUAUUUAAUAAAUUUGAAUUAUUAUGUGAAAAAUUACCAAAUAUAAAAUAUUUAUCAUGUUCAGCACUUGGCUUGUCGUUUACAGAUGGUGAACGAUGGCAAAACCUUAUAAUGACAUGUUUUCCUUCAUUAUUCGAAUUUGAUCUGUUAUUUGAAGUUGGUUAUACUAGCUCAUCUGCUAUCGAUAUUACAAAUAUAAUUAAAAAAUUUCAAACACAAUUUUGGUUAGAUAGAAAUAAGUAUUUCAUUUGUGAUUAUCGUGAUCAACGCAUGCUAGCACUCUAUUCAACACCGUACAAUAAGACAGUUACUGCACCUCUCAUGAAUAUAUACGAAACCACGUCUUCAGUCAUGAUGAUUUAUGAUAAAGUGGAAAAAUUAUUUUUAAAGUUUUCAACGACAAGACAUUUGAAUACACAACGAAUAUAUCCAAAUGUUUCAACCUUAAUAUUACUAAAUGAAGAUGACAAGGGAGAAAUUUCGACCAUACCGUUUCCAUCGUCACCAUUCGUUUCUGAUAUUGGUAAAAUCAUUGUGUGGGAAAACAUACGAAAUUUAAGUUAUUUAUGUUACAACUAUGAACUCAUGGUAGAUAUAAUGAAAUAUGCAACAAACAUAACGUCGCUUGACUUAUGUGUUGACUAUUUUAAGAAUAUGUUAAGUGACAACAUCUGUCCAUUAUUCAUUAAUAUCAAAAGAUUAGAACUGGUCGAUGGUCGAUUUGAGAUGAAUACAAUUGAAAAAUUGUCGAAAUUGUUUCCACAACUUGAACAUUUAACAAUAGAUAUUGAAAAUAACUACGAACUUUAUACAAUUUUACCGUUAUUAGUGGCAAAUAUUCGUAAUAUGAGUUAUUUGAGUAUCGAGAUUCAUUCAAACACACGCUCAAGAGAUCAAAUUGAAUAUUGGUUAAGAUCGAAUAUACUCUUCAUUAAUUUCAGUAUUGAAUUCAAUGAAUUUCGCUUGAGACUGUGGAGCAAAUAA